AAAGAAAAAAAGAUUGUAUUAUUUAUUCUAAUCAAAAACCUUUUCAAAAAUAAUGUCAUAGUCUUAAUUCAGUUCAAUUCAAUUUAAUUGUUACAUGAAAUCCUAAAUUUGAUUUCAGUAAAAUAAAAUACAAUAUAAAUUAAAUAAUCAGAAACUUUCUCACAAUAAUGAGUUAAUAUCUCAAAAUAAUUACAUAAUAUCUUAAAAAUGUUAGAACUUUAUCAAAAUAAUGAGUUAGUAUCUCAAAAUAGUGAUAAAUUAAAAAAAAAGUAGUAUAUCAUAAUUAUACCAAGGCAUUAUUCUAAGAAAGUCAUUAUUUUAAGAAAGUUUCUCAAUAUUCUGAGAUACCAACUCAUUAUUUUGAGCAAAGUUUUCAUUAAAAUGAUAAUGCUUUUUUUUAUCAUCACACAGGCGGAAAUGGGCUUCCAUAGUGUUAGAAAGCACAAGGCUGAUGAGGGAGAGUGGGAAUAGGUGUGUUGGCAGGAGGGGCUGUCAGGUGACCAAGAGAGUCUGAGGGCAUCUAGUGGAUGGUCUGAGGAUGGCAGGUCUGGGAAUUAAGAGGAGAUCGAAUGGCCUGGGUGAAGUGAGCACAGGGACACGGGGAAGUUAAGACAGGGACAGAGAGCCAGGUCAGGCAAAACAACCAACAGACCAACUAGAAAGUCCUUAUGACUAAACAAACAAACCAACAAACAUAAAAAGUAAUCCCUUUUCACAACAGAGAUACAUUAAAAGACAAGUCAAACAUUUUGGGAAAUGGGCUUAUUUAGUUUCUUCCCAAGAGCUGGGUAAAACGAUUGUCACCACUCUCACAUCAGUCACACAACUUAGUCUGGUUCUAUCCAACGGUAACAAAAUCUGCUGACCAUCAGUGUUGAACAAGUUGCAUCUCAUGGGUUUGAUCAAUUCAAAAUAACAAAAGCAGAAGAAAUUCAGAAAAUAGCAAAUGGUCUGAAUAUCAUAAUAAAGUAAUUAAAUAUGAUGUUGCUAUGACAAGAAGCAUCCUGGAAAUGAGCCGGCCUUAUAGUUACAAUCAUGUGUACUCUGAAUAACACUGGAACUGGGAUUUAGAUGGCAGGCACUUGACCUGCUAUGCUAGAAUAAAGGAACACAGUGCCAUAUGUCAUGCUGGACACACACACCCUUCCCUCCAGAGUACAGGUGGAUUACCUCAGUGCUGCUUAACACACGACUGAGAUGCAGCAUGCUUUGACUGAGGAGAGCUGAGGAGAAAAAAAUCUUAACAGCCACCAUCAGGAUGAAGGGUUUUCAGGCUCUCACCAUGUGGCAAAAAAUACAAUUAUUCUACCUGGGGAUUCUGGAAAAUGGAGACAAGAGGACAGACAAUUGGCUGCUGGUCUACUCUCCUGUGCCAAUCAGCUGUAUCUUUCUGUGCUACCUGGUCAUUGUAUGGUUGGGGCCAAAGCUGAUGGAGAAAAGGCAGCCGAUCAACCUUAAACCCAUCCUGAUAGUUUACAACUUUGCCAUGGUCUGCCUGUCUGCAUACAUGUUCUAUGAGUUCACAGCCUCUUCCUGGUUGGCCAGAUACAGUUUGCUGUGCCAGCCAGUCGACUACAGUGACAGCCCACUGGCCAUGAGGAUGGCCAGAGUUUGCUGGUGGUUCUACUUCUCCAAAGUUAUAGAGCUCAGUGACACUAUAUUUUUCAUCCUGAGGAAGAAAAACAGUCAGCUGACCUUCCUCCACGUCUACCAUCACGCCACCAUGAUCUUCAACUGGUGGGCUGGGGUUAAAUAUGUGGCUGGUGGCCAGUCUUUCCUGAUUGGUCUGAUCAACUCCCUGGUCCAUGUAGUGAUGUAUCUCUACUACGGCCUGGCGGCUUUGGGACCAAGCAUGUCCAAAUACCUCUGGUGGAAGCGUUACCUCACCUCCCUGCAGCUGCUCCAGUUUUUCAUCGUAACCAUCCACACCACCUACAACCUGUUUGCCGACUGUGACUUCCCUGACUCCAUGAACAUGGUUGUGUGUGCCUACUCUUUCAGCCUCAUCGCUCUCUUCAGUAACUUCUACUACCAGAGCUACCUCACCAAGAAAAGGAGCAAGGAGACAUAGUGAGAGACAGAGAGGUGUAUAUGACAGAAAGAAGCUGAAAUGCAAUAAUCUGGAAAUAGGAAGGUUGUUUGUUUUGUUAAUGGCUUUGUGUUAAUGAUGUCAUGGUAAUUAUUUGAUUUCUUUUAUGUACUUUGCAUAUUUGUUCCCUGAACACACACACACAGAUUUUUACUGUACUCAUGAGGGCCUUCAUUUAACACAUUCAUUCAUUCCAUCCGUUCAUUCAUUCAGUACCAAACCACAAACUCAACUCAUAUUAACCCUUGUUUCAUCACUCCCUUCCCCCAGCUGCUAAUAGACGAGACUUUCUAAUCACCAUUCAAGUCGCUUUAUUCUUCUCUUACACUCAUUGGUUGGCACUCACAGCCAAUCAACUGUUUUUGCCAUUAGCUCUGUGUCCCGCACUCACCAUAUAUCCCUCCCCUUUUUAGAUGAAGGUUCCCCUCCCCUGUUUCUAGCAUUUAAUCCCUCUUACCAAUGAGGAAACCGCAGCCCACCCUACAAACCCCCUGGUUCCAUCUGUCAUGAUGUGAAGGCAUAAUUGCCUGAGUCCAGCAGUCCCAUUCACUCCCCCUUGUGGACAGAAAUGAAAGGAGUGACUGAAUUAACCGUAUCUGCUUUCUUUACUUUACAUUUCCCCUGCCAUCAUCACUUAUUCCCCAAUCUGUUCACUAUCUAUAUAUCUAUUCUUUUAUCUCCAGCAGCAUAUUGGCUUUGACUGUGCUCUGUUCCAAACUCAACAGGGGGGCGGACAAAAUAACAGAACACCACAUGAAGAAGCACUUUGAAGUGACUAAAUCAAAGUUUCAGAGGCAGCUACUCAGGCGAGUCAUUUUAAUAGCAAUCAGCACAAUGUGGCAGCUUGACGAAUUUCAGAGAAUCAACCCUUUACAUGUGACUUUUUCAAAGCAAAAUGAAACAACUUACAAAGAAAACAGGAGCCGAACUAGAGGUUUCAAAAAGGGACAUUUUAUCACUUGGUAAAAUGAAAACACUGUGGCAAAGUAGGUGGUAGAGCAUACAUGCCAGGACAAUAGUGCAUUUAGAACUGACCACAGAAUUAAAUCACAACUCCUUUGACACUUAAGGAUACAUACACCAAAUGUCACAGCAGGAAAGGCACAGGUGUAACUAAUAGCAUUAAUGAUGUCAGUGUGGCAUUGAUGUAUUUCACUUCUAGGGCUCUGUAGGGAGACUGGGGUAAGUUGAGCCAAAGGGUAAGUUGAGCCACCCCUUGUUGCUAGGAAACCGUAAAUAAAAUUGAGCAUGUGACCAAAUAUUUAGGAGGAAGGCAUCAUUUUAUGGAGUCUGUGAAGGUAAGAACCACAUG